UUAGUAUUAUUGUACUGUGGGCGUUUAAGGGUUUUUGGUGUAAAAGGUAAAGGGAAGCCGAAGAAAAAAGGUUUAACGGCGCCGGAGAGGGGGGAGAUGAGUGGGUCGGGAGUGCCUGACUUCUUCUACAGAGAAGCUCAACGUCUUGGCUAUGUAGCUCGUUCCGCUUUCAAGCUUCUACAGAUUCAAAAGCAGUACAAGCUCAUCAAACCAGGAUCCUCUGUUCUUGACCUUGGUUGUGCCCCUGGUGCUUGGCUUCAGGUUGCUUGUCAAAGCUUAGGUCCGCUUAGAAGUGGUGGAAACGUCGUUGGUAUGGAUAUAAAGAAGGUGAAGGUUCCUCCACUGUGUGAUGCUCGAGUGCAAAUCAUUAGCGCCGACGUUUUGAAUUUCCCCAGACAAAAGAUUAGAGAGUUAUCUCCUCAGCAUAUGGGAUUCUCAGUGGUUCUAUCAGAUAUGUGUCACUCAGUAACUGGAAUCAACAGUAGAGAUGCAGCUCUCUCUGCUGAACUGGGAAUGCGAGCCCUUAAUUUGGCUGUUGGUCAAGCUGCCAUCUCUAAGUCACUUGAUGAUGAUGAUGAUUGUGGAGGUGAUGAGGAGAGUCGUGUUGGUGUGCUUAGGCAUGGAGGUCAUCUUGUCAUCAAGCUUCUUGAAAGCGAGGAUGCUCAAGAUUUUGCGAGGAUAUGCAAGCCCAUCUUUAAUAAGGCAUCUUGGUUGAGGCCAAAAGCUACAAGACCAUCAUCUCGAGAGAUCUACUUGAUUUGCCAGGGCUUUUGUUCAUAAAGAAAAAGCCUUUCAUAUACUACAAUGAAGACUCAACGACAACUCUUUUUUUUUUUAAUGUAGUUUAUAAAGGAUCAGAAAAAAAAUAUAUAUAUACAAAGCAGCAUCCAGAUUUUGCGUG